AUGGGAAAGUCUGCCACUUCGGGCAACUCUGCAGCAUUGGCUGCGUCCGGCCUCGCAAUAUUUGGUCGCCGAGUUGUCCAGAUUCCGUCGGAUGUGCAGAAAUGCCUGGACCGCCCAGAUGCUUGGGCUCCUACCGGUGGGCCCAUACCGCCAAUACCGCCAAUGGUCCUGGAGGACGUGAUAGCACGUCAUGCAAAAGAAAUACCUUCGGUCAAGCGCACUCCUACACAGCCAAAGGCGAAACCGGACGGUGAGAAUGAGGUACUGGCGUCCGGAACCCCCAUACCUUGGACUCCGUCACCUGAAUCCCACUUCCUUCCGGUCAACCGGCAGCGUGAGCUCGCUACGGCUGCGAGGACCGCAAGUCAGCAUUCGCCGCAGCAAGCUGGUUCUCUGACCGCAGGAAACCGUUCGUCUCGGGCCGCCUUUUUGACAGACUUCCCUCCUAGCAGCAGCCAGGCAUCCGAGACAGGGUUGGAAGUGGAAGUUCCAAGAGCCAUCACCGACGUCAUAGCGCCGGUCAAUCGGCAUGCCGUCCCUGCACUUGAGCCGACUCCUCCCUCAGCUCAGAUCAUACCUUCUACCAUCGCCGAGGAGACAAAUCCGGUACAGAAGCCUGGGGCAACACGUCGUCGGCGGAUGAAGAAUCCUGCUGCCGUGUUCGCCGAAGUCGACACUGUUGGUCAGAGUCAUGCCCCAAGCGUAACGGUUCCCAAGGCUGGAACAACUACUUCAUCAAGAUCAGCCAGUUCGCCGGUGACCUCCUGCCUUCCGGCUCCCAAACCUCCGGCUCGCCACGCCAUGGACACUUCGCCUGUGCGAGUUUCGGUAGAGGAUCGGCAUCACUCCACAGCAGUUCAUCAGUCGGUUGUCACCACAAUCCCGCAGCCCGUUAGCCACGGGGUUCUCAGCAGUUUCGCGGACAAAGUGCCGCCCACCGGUCCGCCCGUCAAUGUGCCAUUCACCGCCUUCAAGCUGGCGUACCCAGAUUACCAAGCCACAUUGAAGGAUUUCAUCCGAGCGGUCAAGUGCCUCUUAAAGUAUCAAAAGGACGGAGCGCUUUCCGAAUUUCUUUACGACGACUUCAUCAGAGUCUUCUGUGGAGAUUAUUUGGCCUACAUCGGAUCUCUAGGCGUGGACCAGGCUGCAUGUCCAGCACUUCGGUGGUAUAACGUGAAUGUCUCCAGACCUUCCUAUGUUAGUGGUAUCAUCAACAAGAAAAACCUCACGGAAAUCCCAAAGCAAUACCCGGAAGAGUUCCGGGCCGUCCAACAAGGGUCCGCAAGACCCAGAACUCGCGGCCACGCGAUCGAGACCGGGCAAACUGGGCAAACUGAGCAAAAUGGGCAAACUGGGCAACGGCCGGCCGUUGGCAUCAUGCAAGAUUCCCGUAAAGUCCCCUCACAAAUAGACAACAAUGCCAAUGUCUCUGUAUCUCCAACAGCCAGCCAGGGGGAUACCGUGGCCGAGAGAAUUGGCAAUGUGACCAACGACACGUCCAGCCGCGGGUUCCCGCAGAGUCGGGUUGAUUCCUCCUUGCCGGUAUUCGAGACACCACAGGCGCCACGAAUAUCGCACUUGAAGCGGGAGGUGGCAACUACACUUCCCGGUACCAUGCACUCUCAAAUCAGCAACCCUGAUAGCAUCCCUGAGAUGGAGACUAAGCGCAAGCUUGUACCUCGGGCUUCCACCGGAUCUUCGGCAGUCGAAGCUGGUGCGGUCUUCAAGCGACCGCGGAAGGCAAUGGAGGACCCAGAGAAGCGAAGCCUUCGGUUCAAGGAGUUCGUGAUGCAACGGCGCACGCAGGGCUCUACUCCCAAAAACUCCAAACAGUCAUGA